GGCGGCGCGCGGCGGCGGCGGCGGCGCGGAGCAUGCUGGUCUCGCGCGGAGCAUGCUGGGUCUCGCCCGGCUGCUCGAUCAGGACAGAGAGGGGACGCCGGUUAGUCGGUUCUGAAAUAGAUUAUUCACCAUGGCAUCCCGUGCUGGUCCCAGGGCAACAGGAACUGAUGGCAGUGACUUCCAGCACAGAGAGAGGGUAGCUUCACAUUAUCAAAUGAGCGUAGCUCUGAAGAUGAAGAUCAAGAAGUUGAUAAUUGCUCACCUGGUAAUCUGGACUCUACUCGUUCUUCAAGUCUUUGUCAGCCAUAUGAAGAUCGUGUCUCAUGACCUAGUAGCUCUGCCGUACCAAUGGGAAUACCCGUACAUUCUCAGCAUCAUACCAUCAUUCUUUGGUUUCAUCUCUUUCCCUCGUAACAACAUUAGCUAUUUGGUUAUUUCCAUGAUCAGUAUAGGUCUCUUCUCCAUUGCCCCUCUUAUUUAUGGCAGUAUGGAGAUGUUCCCUGUGGCACAGCAGCUCUACAGGCAUGGUAAAGCCUUCCGCUUCAUCUUUGGCUAUUCUGCAGUGGCUGUCAUGUACUCCGUCCUGGCCAUUGCAGUGCAAUUGCAUAGCUGGCAAAUCUACUACAGCAAGAAAUUGCUAGACUCGUGGUUUACUUCCACCCAGGAAAAAAAGAAGAAAUAGUUAAUUGGAGAAAGAAGCUGUUGGAAACUGAAUGAAAAGCCACAAAGUUGGUUUAUGAACAAUGAUGAAUUUGGUGUAAUGGGACUGCAUCAGUCCAAUAAAUAUAAGAUUUUAGGGCUUUAACGCUGCAGUACCUCUUGUUAUCUUAUGUAAGCUGUUGUUUUAAUUUACACUUGGGCUUUUACUUCUACACCAAAAGAAAUUGUGUUUGGGAAAUUGACACUCCCCAAUUUCAUCAAGGAUAUCUGACUGAUGUUACUAGCUGUAGAUGUCAUUUUAUAACUGUUAAGAAUAAUAUUAUCUAUUGUCAUUGUAAUUCUGCAAUUCCAGUGAAUGUAGAAACAUUGCCAGAUACUGAGCUUUUUUGCUCAAUUCAAAACAUGUCAUAGUUAUACUUCCUAUUUGCUUGUUAUACAGUAGUUACCAUGAUUAUCAGAGCCUGACUUUCAAAAAGGAUAAAUGGGUGUCUUGAUUAUUGUUUAAAUAUUUUUAAAAGAUUGUGAUAUCCCAAAGCUAUGUAAUAUGGCUAAACCCUGUGUAAUUGCCAGAUUGAAGUAUCAAAUAGUGGCAGGACAAAGUUCCUUUCACAUGUCACCCAAGCUUCCAGCAAACCAUACAUGAAUCUAUCAGAAUCAGAUGGGAUAUCCAGUACCAUUAGAUUCACCAAAUCCUUGUAGUGCAUGUCAAACACAGGUUUUUUUUUAAAAAAACUUGUCCUCACUUAAUUGAGUAUUUUGCUUGAAAUGUUUUGCCCAACAUAGUUGAGAGCAGUUAAGCUAGUCAUGUACUACCACAAUUUCUUAGUCAUGGAGUACUGUCUAAUGUUUUUUCUAACUGCUCCCUAAAUCUAUUGAUAUUCCGUCCCUAUAUGAAGCUUUGAAGUUCAUUACAGAACAUGCUUGUACUUAGGAAGUAGUUCCUGUUUAUUGAAAGGAUCUGUUACUGUUUAUAAUGUCUUGUGUAAUGUUUGUGUAAAUUAUAUUUUGUGUUGCAUAGUCUUGACUUAAGGAAUUUGUGCAUUAUACACCCUAUGUUUUUAAGAAAUUCCCUGGAAUAACACUACUUUAUAUGCCAGUGCAGUAUAAAGCUGCUUUCCACACAUUCACGUUGGUGUAACAAAAGUUAGCGAGACACAAUUUAACAAUGUGUGAGUUUCUUGAACAUUUGCCUCUGAAAAUAUUGCAUAUGGUGAUGCAUUGUCCUUUGGGUUCUGUGAGCUGCAUAAAAUAUAAGGAUUAUUACUGAUAGCUUUCAUGCCACCCAUGCUUUUGAUUUAGGGAAUGUUCGAAAAUAAAUGAGUUUUUUCCAGUGUUCUAGCGAACAGUUUCCCAGGUAAAGUUGACCAUUUACUUCAUGGCUGUGUGUGAGUCUUUGCUGUUUGCAAAUUGGCUGCAAAGUUUCAGUAAAUUUGUGAAACAAACUGUUUGAGACAUACUCCUAAUGUGAAAGACACUAUCUCAAAUGCAAGGAUUAUUAUUACUGUAUAAUCAUAUCAAAGUGGCAUUGAAUCCA